AUGCAGUUGAUCUCUGCCAGGAAAGGCGAGUUUAAAACUGGCUUUGAGAAGGGCGGACAGACGCGCGAGCAUGCCAUGUUGGAAACAGCUGGUGUCAAGCACCUGAUAGUUCUGGUGAAUAAAAUGGAUGAUCCGACAGUCAACUGGAGCCUGGAAAGGUAUGAAGAGUAAGAGAAACUGGUGCCAUUUUUGAAGAAGGUGGGCUUCAACCCGAAGAAAGACAUUCACUUCAUGCCGUGCUCCGGGCUGACAGGAGCCAACCUGAAGGAGCCCACUGACAUGUGCUCUUGGUAUACAGGUCUACCAUUCAUUCCACACUUGGACAGUUUGCCAAAUUUCAACAGAUCAAGCGAUGGCCCUGUCAGAUUGCCCAUUGUAGACAAAUACAAGGACAUGGGAACUGUGGUUCUGGGCAAACUGGAGUCGGGCUCUAUCAGUAAAGCACAGCAGCUGGUCAUGAUGCCGAACAGGCAUGUGGUGGAGGGGUGAGUCUUCUCUCAGACGAUUGUGGAGACGGACGACGCUGGGCCCGGUGAAAACCUCAAACUGCGACUGAAGGGCAUCUGAGAGGAGGAGAUCUUACCAGGCUUCAUCCUGUGUAAUGCUGAAAACCUCUGUCAUUCAGGACGUACUUUUGACGCCCAGAUUGUCAUCAUUGAACACAAGUCCAUCAUCUGUCCAGGUUAUAACGCAGUCCUUCACAUUCACACCUGCAUCGAAGAAGUCCAAAUUACAGCCUUAAUCUGUCUUGUAGACAAGAAAUCGGGAGAGAAGAGUAAGACACGACCACGAUUUGUCAAACAGGACCAGGUCUGCAUCGCCCGUCUGCGCACAGCAGGAACCAUUUGCCUCGAGACCUUUAAAGAUUUUCCUCAGAUGGGACGGUUUACCUUACGGGACGAAGGUAAGACCAUCGCCAUCGGCAAGGUGCUGAAGCUGGUCGCCGAGCGGGACUGAAGAGGACGGAACUCUCUGGGAAGUCCUGGUGAGAAGGAACAGGCGGAGCUUCUUGGUCAUAACCCGCCCACACUGUUAUUAGCGGCGACGGCACCUCCCUGUCACGCCCCUCUUCUGUGUGCCGAAGAUCAGCUUCAGAAAAUAAAAACAAAAAAACUCAUGUGAAAAAGAAAACCUGUUUUUAAGCAAAUGACAAACCAAGAUGAUGUCCACACGAGUCAGCUUUCUCAUAUUGAGAGCUCAGCUAUGCCAUUCUGGGUUAGCCCUCCCUCCACCUGCCCCCACCUCCUUACUAUGGUCUACUCAUUACAUGAUUUUUAUUUUUGUUUCUUUUUCAAGUAUUUUUUUUUCCUUGCUUACAUAAAUGACAAUGACAAAAGGCAGAAGUUAUAUCUGUAAACAGAUGUGGACCAGGAUUUUUUUUUUGCUUGGAGUAUAAAAAUGAUUUUCAGAAGUAACUUGCAAAAGAAACCGUUUGAAAGAACUUAACCAGUUGAAACCAAAUGUUUAUCUUGGGUGUACAUGUUUCCCUUUGCUUUUACCCAGUUUUUGGUUUCUCAUGUGGCGUUCUGGCAGCGUGCUUGAGCGUGUUCAAAUGUUAUUAAAUCAAACAACUAUGACAAUAAAAUAAUAAAUUGGGGAAAACAAA